AUUAGGAGUCUAUGUGAAUGGAUAAAGCUCUAAAAAACGGCAGAGCAGAUAACUGAACUUCCUCCCAUGGAGAUGACAACUAUUCUUCACUCUUCUCUCACUAAUCCCCCAUUCACCGCUCAUCUCUCUCCUUCUAAAUUCCCCCGAUCUUUCUCCACCCCAUUCCGCCUCCGCACUUCUCUAUCCUUUUCUCCCUCUCUUCCUCCAAAAUCUUUCCCCACCAACUGCUCUGUCUCUGAUGACACAACUUCCUCAGCUAAUGUCGCUACUGUCGAUCUCUCCAUCGCUUUGAAGAAGAAAGCAACGGAUGUAUCUGCUGAUCUGAGAGGAACUUCUAUAUUUCUUGUGGGGAUGAACAACUCCGUUAAAUCCAGUUUGGGGAUGUUGCUAGCAGAUUUGUUUCGAUAUUAUUACUUUGACAGUGAUGCUUUGGUCUCAGAAGCUGCUGGGGGUGAAUCUGCCGCCAUAUCCUUAAAGGAGAGUGAUGAGAAGGGAUUCAGGGAGUCUGAGACUGAAGUAUUGAAGCAGUUAUCAUCAAUGGGUAGAUUAGUAGUUUGUGCUGGGGAUGGUGCAGUUCAAAAUUCAACAAAUUUGGCACUCCUAAGGCAUGGCAUCUCGAUAUGGAUUGAUGUGCCCUUGGACAUGGUAGCCAAGGGAAUAAUUGGAAAUAAGAGUCUCCUUUUGUCAUCAGAAAUAGCUAUCUCUGGAUCUUAUUCAGAGGUUUUGUCACAGCUAAUGGCUCUUUAUGAAGACAUGAGAAGAGGAUAUGCCACUGCUGAUGCAACCGUUUCGCUGCAAAAAGUAGCAUAUCAGCUAGGUUACGAGGACAUGGAUGCAGUGACAACAGAAGACAUUACUAUGGAGGUUCUCAAGGAAAUAGAGAGACUUACAAGAGUGAAAAAGAUGAUGGAGGCUGCAGCUAGACCGUUUUAGCCAACAGGGAAUAGGUGUAGCCCUUGCUGAUAUUGCUGCUGUAUUCUUCUUUGGUUUGGUACUCUUCAUAUAUACUUUUUAUCUUGUUUAAAGUAGUUUAGAAGACGCUAAGGUGAUCUAUUCACUUUACCACACUUUUCAAUAUGAUAGAUGUAUCUGAAUUCUGAACAUUGUAGCAAGAUUGAGUAAUUAAAAGGUGAAAUGCAUGUUUUGCAUUAGUGAGCUA